CUCCAACCACGCCAAUAUCUCUCUCGUUAGGGUAAGGGAGGAGCGGCGAUUCCGUCGGCGACGACGUCGAGGUGGUGGCGGAGGAGCAUGGCCGACGGCGAGGUUGACGCCGCGGGUCUGGAGGACGACCUCGUUCUCGGGGAAGGGCUGCGAGAUCGAGAGGAAGGUGAGCCGGAAGCCCUUGGCGGCGGCGGCGGCGGCGAGGAAGAGGAGGACGACGACGUCGACGGCCUCGCUAGCUUCCUCGAGUCCGAGAUCCUCUCCGGAUCUAGCGGCGACGACCCUAUCGGUCGGGAGGAAGGAGGGGAAAAAGGGAAGCAGGCAGAAGAUGACGUCGGGAAGAAUAAGAGGAAGCAAGAGUCGGAAUCUGACGGAGAUGGCAGCGACGGCAGCAGGGAGGAGCAGAAGAAGAGGGUGAAGAGAGCGAAGGGGAAAGAGAAAGACGUGGCGUCGGUGGCGGCUCAGAUUGAUUCCGGCGUGUUGAGCAAUAUCCCGCCGGAGCUGUUCCUGCAGAUAUUCAAGUUCCUCUCAUCGGAGGACCUCAUCUCCUGCGCCCUCGUCUGCCGCUUCAUGAACGUGGUUGCAUCCGACGAGACCCUCUGGCGCCGCCUGUAUUGUAUGCGGUGGGGCUUGUCAUGCAAUAGCAAACUCAGGGAAUGUGCUUGGAAGAAACUCUACAUCCAGCAAGAUAGAGAGGAUAUGGUUGAGUUCGUGAGAAAUACACCUACAGAAUUCAAGGAGUAUUAUAUCCAGAUGCAGGCUUCAAAAAGGAGUCAAGCUCCCCUUCCUUCAGAAGUCAACGAUGACAAUGUUAUUCUUGAUAAAACGAUAGCCGAUCAGGUGUCUUGCUGGAAAAGCAGCAGAGGUCUCACUGAUGAUGCAAUCAAGGGGCAUUCUUGUUCUGGCAAUACAUGCUCUUACACGCAGAUUGGUGAUGCUUAUAUUUGUGAGAAGACAGGCCGUGUCCAUGUUUGUGAUGAUGCUUGUCGUGAAUUUGUCUUGGACCAAUCUAGCGGGCUGCUGCUUUGUACAAUAUCUGGACACUGCUUUGAAAGAUGGUUGUGUCCUGAUGAUGAGUGGGACGCUGAUGAUGAUAUUGAUCAACAACAAGGUGGUGUGACUGAUGAAGCAGAGCCAUUUAUGGGAUCUGGACGAUUUGCACGUGCGUAUCAGCUGGGUUACGACUGUGCUGAUGAAAAGGAGCUUGAAUACACUUUGCGGUUCUGCUGAUGUGCUCAAUGGGGAUUGCCUUCACUCAUACUGGCUACAUGAGAUCAAGUUUUUGGUUGGCAAGGAAAUUAGGUUCAGAAGGCUAGUGCUUGAUGCUAUAUUGUUUUACCUAAUUUAGGUAGCUGGAAUGUUCCUAUGUGUGCAACUCACGCACAAAUAUGUGAUGGCUAAAGUCUGAUCUGUUUUUGAUCAGUUGGGGAAGCUGUAUAUUGUUGUAUAGUCUCCCUAAAUUUCAAGCUGCAGCAUGCUAGUAAUAAAAGAAACUAUCUGUGAUACUUACUUGAAUUUGCUCUUUCGCUGUUCAAUUUGUAUCAGUAGAUCCAAGAGAACCCCGUUGGACUGUUAUUUUCACGCUCCGGUGAUGAACCGUGUGUAUACAUCUGACCCCUUGUUUGUGUAUAAUGAGUGCGUGUUUUUGUGAUAUGUUCUCUGUA